AAGACUCAUCCAAAAAAUUAAUUAGCAUGCUAAAAUGGAUUAAGUAUAAAAUUAUGAAACCAUGCCUAUGACUGAUAGCUGACCUGUAUCACCUUUUUUUAGGAAGGAAGAUGUUUUGAAGACUCACUCGGUGGAUGGAGCCUUUAUGAUAGACUUCAACUGAAAGAUAAAUUCUUUAUGCUAAAAUGCAACAGAGCAUAAACAAUGCAGAGAAUGCUCUAACUCUAUCAGAUAGAGCCUUUACAUUGCUGUCAUACUUGUACAGGGCAACACCUCCCAAUUCUGUUAAUAAAAGGUACUUUCGAGUGACCUGAUGCAGUUUGGAUCUGCAAAGGCACAUUUAAAACCGCUGAAGACGAUCAGCAGUUUCACCCGUCACCAACCGAUUCCUCAUAUUUCUAUCACAGUGGCGCUAUGGCAUCACAACCUCUUUCAUCACGCGCAUAUGAACUUCGGAUUCUGGUUUUUGGAAAGACUCAAAGUAAAAAAUCAAUUCUAACCAACUUCAUGACUGGGAAAAAAGAUUUGACUGGGGAUCUUCUGCAAAAGGUGUCCCCAUCCACUACAGUCACUCAAGGACAGUAUAGGAAAACACGCCUAACAAUAGUGAAAACUUCAGAUGUCUUCAGUUUAGCUGGAGAGAAGGUGAAGCAUGAAAUGAAGAAGUGUGUGGCUCUUUGCCCCCCUGGACCAAAUGUUCUGCUCCUGUUGAUAAAGCCUUCUGAAUUCAGUGAAGAAGACAGACAAAAACUAAAGCUCAUCCUAAGAUUCUUUGGUCAAGAUGCUUUUAAAUAUGCAAUGGUCAUUUUGACGCAUAGUGAGGAGAAAAAAACUUCAGCUGUGGAUCGACUCAUACAGGACUGUAGACAAAGGCAGCAGAGAAUCAACUUUGACUAAAAAGAUCUGCCAGAAAAGGAUCUUCAAGAACUCAUGGAAAAGAUGGAGAGCAUAGUGAAUGAAAACAGAGGAGGCUAUCUAAACAGAGGUGAAGAAGCUGACACCACAACAGUCACUUUUAAACCGCCUCUUAACCUGGUAUUGUGUGGGACAUAUGAAGUUCUGAAGAGUUCAGCAGCCAAUGCCAUUGUAGGAAAACACCAGUUUGGUAAACCUGCUGACUCCUCAGAAUGUGUUAAGAAGGAGACACAGGUGUGUGGACGUUUAGUGUCGCUGGUAGAGAUGCCUGCUUUGUAUGGAAAAUCUCCUGAGGCAAUAAAGAGCUGCAAAAUGCAAUGUGUUUCUCUCUGGAAUCCCGAAGGUGUCCAUGCCUUUAUCCUGGUCCUUCCUGUGGGACCCCUCAGUGACGAAAACAAGCGAGAGUUAGAGAUCAUCCAGAAUGAAUUUGGAUCUCAGGUCAUCGACUUCACCAUGAUUCUUUUUGCAGUGGAAUCAGAUCCCACAGAUCCAGUUGUUGUCAACUUUGUUAGUGAAAACAGAAACAUCCAGGAGCUCUGUCAGAAGUGUGGAGGACGAAACAUCAUCUUCAACAUCAAAGACAAGCAGCAGGUCUCUGAGGUGUUGCACACUAUGGAGAAGAUGACAGCUAUGGGAUCUAAGUGCUUCACAAGACAAAUGCUUGUUAAGCCUCGAUUGAUUAAAUUCGAAGGAAACCCUUCACAGAAGACAGAAUCCUUUGAUAAUCCCAACCACAGCCCAGAUGCUCUCCGGAUAGUGAUGAUUGGGAAGACUGGCUGUGGGAAGAGUGCAACUGGAAACACCAUUUUAGGCCAAAAAUGCUUUUAUUCUAAAACCUGCAUGAAGUCAGUGACAGAGGUUUGCAAAAAAGCAAAAGGAGUGGUCGACGGCCAUCCAGUUGCUGUGGUCGACACACCAGGCUUGUACGACACGACUCUGUCCAACCAUGAAGUCAAACAGGAGCUUGUGAAAUGCAUCAGCUUGUUGUCUCCAGGACCUCACGCGUUCUUACUGGUAGUGCAGAUUGGUCGAUUUACCAAAGAAGAAAAAGACACAGUAGAGCUCAUCAAGGAGUUUUUUGGCAAGAAAUCAGAAGACUUCAUUAUUGUUAUAUUCACCAGAGGGGAUGAUCUUCAAGAUCAAACAAUAGAGAGUUACAUGGAAGAAGUCAGCGAUGACUUUGUUAAAAAACUGAUUGACGACUGUGGAGGAAGAUACCAUGUUUUCAACAACAGAGAUCAAAAUAAUCAUUCACAAGUCGCAGAGCUUUUAGACAAAGUACAAACAAUGGUGAAGAAAAAUGGUGGCAGCUGCUACACUACAGAGAUGUUCCAAGAAGCUGAGGCAGCCAUACAAAAGGAAAUGAAGAGGAUCCUAAAAGAGAAAGAAGCAGAUAUGGAGAAAGAGAUGGAAGAACUUCAAAGGAAACGCGAUGAAGAAAUUCAGGCGAAAAAGAAACAAAUUGAUCAAGAAAGAGCAGAAAAAGAAGAAGUACUGAAGGAGAAGGAAGAACUGAUUAACCAGGAACAAGAGAAGACAAAGAGAGAGGAGGAAAAGAGAGAACAGGAGACCAUAGCAUCAAUAAGAUAUGAAGAAAAACUCCGAAUGCAGUGGGAAGAAAAACUUGAAGCUCUUGAGCAGAAAAUAAAAUCAGAAUGUGAAAAAAAUGUACAUGCUGACAGAAAGCUGAUGGAAAACCGAGAAGAGAUGAAAUUAGAACGCGAAGCUUGGGAAAAAGAACGCAAAGAAUGGUGGGAGAAACGAAAUCAAGAAGACAAACAGAGGAAAGAGGAGGAACAAGCGCUGCUUAUAAAGCUCAAAGAAGAAUAUGAUGAGGAAAGAAAUGAAUAUGAAAGCAAAAUAAAAGAACAAGAUAGACUCAGGAGAGAACAAGAGGAGAGAGACUGGAAAUUAGCGCAGGAUAUCUAUGAGGCAAAAGUCAAGGAAAUGAAGAAGAAAAUUGCAGAAGAAGCCAGAAAGCAAGCAGAAGAAUUCAAUGAGUUCAGACAGAAAUAUUCAGUAGAUUUUGCAGCGUUGAGAGCAAAGCAUGACAGUGAGAUGGAAGACAUGAAGCAAAAACAACAAAAAAGCAACGCCAUCAUACUUAAACAUCUGCUCAUGAAGAGAGAAUACAAGAGAGACUUUGACAGACUGAAGAAAAAACAGGAACAAGAAAUGGAUGAGCUGAAUUACAAUCUUUCUAUAGGAAAUGAGGGCGAGCCAAUUGAAGAAGAUAUCAACCAACUACAGCUAGAACAUGAUAAACAAAUCAAUGACUGGAUAGCAGAAUAUGUACAGAAAGCUGACGGAGAUAAGUCUUGCAGCAUUUUAUGAAACGGGCUCUUUUACCUGAAUGUCAGUUUGAUUUAACUUUGAUAGCUUUUGGUUUUAAAGCUUUAAUAAACAAAUGCUUUUGUUAUAGCUGCAUGAUAGAUGACACUUAUGUAGUUCCAUAUAACAUAAUAUACUCAAAUUAUUACAAAUUGAUUAAUAUGUUCUAAAAUCACUGUCAAUCCUUUUUUUUUUUUUAACUGCAGAAAAUUUUGCCUGCUAAGUAAAAACAUGGAUGAAUGUAAACUAAUCAUAUAAAUCAGUUAGGUAAAGAUCUCGUUUAAUUUGCAUCAUGCCAUUUUUACUGGAGGAAGUAAUGCAUAUUUUUCCAUUUAAAAACAAUCACUGGUGUCAAUAAUCUCGCGAAAAGCACAAAAUGUCUUUGGCUCAGAUGUAUUUGUUAUUUACAGAAAACACUUUAUUGCACUAUAUAACCAUUUUUUAGCACAGCUUGUCUCUUUUUUCAGAAUGAUAAAAAUGUUUCAAUUCCUGAUUGUUUUUUGUUUUUAUAAAAUACUUAUUGCAUCUGAUAAGUAGUCUGUGUAGAGAUAUAUUAAAAUGUAAGCUUCAUAUUUUGGACAAAAAACAGUUGAUGUUCUUAUCGUUAAUUUUGAUGAUCACUUUACGGGACAAUGAAUAAGUACUACUGUUGGGAAAUAUGACAGUAAACUUUAAAUAAAAGCAAACAUUAGCUGAAGACUCUUUACGGAUAUUGAUUGAUUGGAAAAAAGACCGUAAACUGUUUUAAUCUAACUUUAAAGUGAAGAAAAUGUAACAAAGUACAGGCAACCUAAGCAUGGAACCGCACUUCAUAGUGAAAUUCAAACCAUAUUUGUUGAAAAGCUUGAUUUAAUUUGUUUCUUCAAUUUUGAAUCUUUGAAAUAAGGGAAUAUGUCCUGCCUUUAUUCAAAAGGUCCUUUCAUAUUUAAACCCAGUUUCAGAAAAUUCAUUUCACAGAUUUUAUAGGGUAGACAUCAUCUUUUAGACCUUAACAAAUAAUCUACACACCUGACAGUUACGCCACAUUCUUUAAACGUACAUGUACAUAGGAAGAACAGUGACAGUUCUCAAUUAUAAUAAUGUGAGUGUUUGAGGUGGAAACACCACUGUUGGAAUAACGCAGCUUGUACUAAUGCUGUGAGCUCUUUAGGACAAGAAAUUAUUUAAAAAACUUGUAAAGGUAGACUCCAUGGUUUGCUGCUUGAUUUCAUAUGCCUGUGGCAAUCAUGCAGAAAAAAAUAACCGAAUUCAAAAAUUAAGAACUGUAGUCCAUUGAUUUUGUCCCUAAAGCAUACAGGUUUUGAUUCUGUGGUUAUGACUCAGCAGUUUUUACUCAUUCACUCAUUCACACAAACUGCUUUUUUCUAUGUAAGUCUAUUAACCGCAUCUUAAUUUAAACCCACUGUCAGUUUUUUUGAUAAUGGACCAAAAUCCACACAUUUCUGUUUUUUCAACUAGUUAAGGCAAUGUGCCCUUUGCCACCAUUUGCUCCUUGCCCUGCAUAGCAAGUGAUAUCCUUGCCAUCACAUCUUGUGAACAUUUUCUACAUGUAGAUCAGGAUGAUUAGCUCAACUUGAUAUUUAUCACUGACAAUGAUUAGAUCUUUGGGUGUCCUGUACGUGCCUGGUUAAUCCAAGUGGAAAAACAUCCCAAUAAUAACAAAACAACUAAUGCGGAUUCUCGCUUAGAUUAGACAUAAAACCACCUGAGACUUGUAUGACCUUUUUCUGUUGUUGAAGGUUCAGACAAUGCAUGGAGCUUGCACAGAUGCAACAGAGCAUAAAGAAUCCAGGGAAUGCUCAGUGUUUGGUCAUUUAUCAGUAACUGUAUCAGACAUCACCUUUACUCUGUUGUCAUACUUGUACAAGGCAACACCUUGAUAUUCUGAUAAUGAAAGGUGGUUACAAGUAACCUGAUUCAGUUUGGAACUGCCAAGGGACAUUUAACAGCACUGAGUAAAACGUCAGAGUGUCACCUGGUGAGCACAAUCACUGAAAAUAAAUAGUCUGAAGUGAUUAAGAAAGUAUAUAAUUGUUGGAAACAGACUAGAGUCCUACACUGGUUAGUUUUAACUGUUAAUACUGACUAGGUGUAUGAAAUAUAUACAGGUCUGGUAAUUAAAUACAGAUUACAUUGUGUAGUUAAAGUACUGCAUUUAAUAUGUCUUCAUAUUAUAUGUGUGGGAAAUGUUUUACAAAAUAGUACAAGCAAGAGCUACAUAGAUAUUAGUCUGAAACAUGUAGAGUUACAUAAAGAAAUACAGACCUGAUUAAUGCAAGUUACAUUCAGAUAUCAGGCUAAAAUAGUUAAGGCUAAUCCAUAACAAACAUCAAAUGGGCAUCAUUUAAUAUAAUUUAAACUUUACUUGAAUUGCCAUUUUAUGGAGGUAUCUGACACUUGCUGCAUUUGAAGGAGAAGUUAGUGAAAGGCUGUAUCUACCCAUAUAUUGUACUCUAGUACUGUACACAGUAUUAGAAAAUAUAUCGAGACUCAUCUGUAAUCUGAUGUAAUCUAAACUGAGGAUUCUCUUCCAAUUUACACACAGUACAGAAAUUUCAGCAGGGGUUUGAGUGGUCACUUGAGAAAUCAUCAUGCCAAAAAAAAGAAAUCAAUUUAGACUUGAAGCAAAAAAAAAUUCAUGCAUUCUUUAUAGGAUCUCAGUCAUUAAGGUCAUGGUAGUCAAAAGAGUGUAAAGUAAAGUUAUUGUCUUUUUUAAGGGGACAGCACUUAGCCACUGGUGUGGCUGGCACCUGGGUCAAAAUCAAAACCCGAGGAGGAGUAGCCUUCAUGGUUCAAAUCAACUCGUUGGAAAGAAUAAUAUUUUGCCAUUUCUAGACUGUGCAUAGCACAUCGAGGAGAAUAGAAACUGGUGAAAAAAGUCAGAAUUCUGACUUUUUUCUAGGAAGCAGAGGGACACCUAGUAUACUCCUCCAUCUUUGUUUCUGUCACGGUCCUGGGUCGGGUCGACCCAGCAUUUUGAGUUUCUUAUGUUUUGGUUUAUUUUUGCAUUAUGGAUUAGUUAUUCUCUGGUGGUACUGUUUUGAUUACGAUUAUAUUCUGAUUCUUUAGUUAUCUGAUGAUGAUGAUGUUGAUGACGAUGAUGAUCAUUUCUGGUUUAGGUUUUGUUAUCUUGCCCUUAUGUUUGGUUUAAGUUGCCUGUGCUUAGUCUUCUCUGCCCGUAUGUCCCUCUGUUUGCCCAUGACGUCAUUAUGCCUGUUUACGAGUCUGUCUCUGUCUGGCGUGUGCUUCCUGUUUUAUUUUGUAGGUCUGUGUCCUUUGUCAGUGCGUUCAGCUUUGUGCUCUCCCUGUCUCGUCAGUGUAAUCAGCGUCAGCCAUGUCUCCCAGCUGUUUCUUCUUCGCUCCGUUCACCUCUUGUAUUUAGUGCCUGUGUCUUCCCCUACUCGGUGUCGCAUCGUUAACGUCUGUUCACCCUCGCUUCCUCUGUGUGUUCCGUUUGCCAGCCAGCCAGCCUUCCUGCCUACUUAUUAUGUUCUUCCAGUUUAGUUAGUGUUUUUCUGUUCUGCUUCUUACCAGCAAUAAAGCUGUGUGUUCUGAAUUACUUCCGCCUCAGUGAGUCCUGCAUUUUGGGUCCUCUCUUCCUGCCUGCCUACACACAGACAUGACAGUUUCAUCACAACAUUCUGUAGUGGGAUACUGGACUUUCUACCAAACAGACCCCAGACUGUAAGGAUGCACAACCAAACAUCCUUCACCUUGUCUCUGAGCAUAGGUGUUAUUCAAGGUUAUGUGCCGAGUCAUGUUUUAUACAUUAUUUACAUGACUGUAUGCUAAUUGUAGUACUAGCAAGAACUAGUAACAAAGCUUUGUG